CAUCUCAGGCUAUAUGGUCUCCUGCAACUUGCUUUCCUGGACUUAGCAUCACAUUUGUAAGAUUCAUCUAUGUUGUUGCGUGUAGCUGUGGUUUGUUCAUUGUCGUUGCAAUAUAAUGUUCAAUCGUCUGAAUGGACCACAGCAUAUUUAUCUAUUCUUCUGCCACUGGACAUUUAGAUUGUCACCAGGUUUUUGCUAAUUUGAACAAUGUUGGUUUGAAUAUUCUUACACACAGCCCCCUUUGCACAUCUGCAAGAGUUUCUCUGGGGUAUAUUUCUGGGAGAGGAAUUGCUGGGUGAUAUGACAUGCAAAUAUUCAAUUUUAUAAGAUAUUGCCAAUUUUUUCCCCUAGAGUCUGUUCUGGUUUACACUCCUACAACCAGUCAACAAGAGUUUCUGUCAUCCAUCUUCAACACUAGUAUUAAAUUCACCGGUCCUUACUCUGUUAGAGGCCCUACAAUGGCUACGGAAAUGAGGACCCAAUUGGCAGAGCAUCCACUGACGAGUCCAAGGGCUGAGCCAAAACCCGAGAAGAAGUCAGGGUGCAGGCCAAGGAGCCACGCAGACGGCAGGCCACAGAAAGAACUGAUGAUCCCAGGGAUCGUGGAUUUCAAGCUGAUCCGAGAGGCACUGAGGACCUCCAAGCCCCAAACUCCUGGUGCCCACGGCUUCGGCCACCUCAGCCAUCACUCCUUCUUCUCCCGGCACCACCCCCAUCCCCAGCACGUGACCCACAUCCAAGAUCUCACCAGGAAGCCUGUCUGCGUUGUCAGGGACGAGUUCUCUCUGGCCGCCUCACCUCAAGCCACACUCUUACCCCGCUCUCUGAUCAGGAUGCCCACCACCUCGGUCCCCAUUGGAGACCCGCAGUCCAAUCGGGAUCCCUGGCUUUCUUCUGUGUACAGGGAGGGCAAGGAGGAGAGCCCCAGAUAUCAGCUGGCUGGAUCUCGUCCCCUCCUUCCAGAGGCCUGGAAGAAGGAGUUGAAAGACCUGGCUUCCCGGGUGGCCAUCUUCACCAAGGAGAAUGAGCUGAAGAGCAAGGAGCAGAAGGAGCCUCAGCGGGAGCAGGGGGCAAAGUACUCAGCAGAGACUGGUAGGCUCAUCCCUGCUUCCACCCGGACCACGGCCCGCCACCACUCCCGCCAGGGCGUACGAAAGCACCCUGCGAGCAGAGAUGGAGGAGACCAGACCUUCAUCCUACAGGAUCAGGAGUUGCUGAUCCUGGAGCUGCUUUCUCAAAUCCUGCAAACAGACUCCUUGAAUGCUAUCCAGUUCUGGCUACUCUACGCGCCCCCCAAGGAGAAAGACAUGGCACUAGGCCUCCUGCAGACAGCAGUGGCUCAGCUCCUUCCCCAGCCCCUAGUCUCCAUCCCAGCAGAAAAACUCCCGAACCAGCUCCAGGAAAUUCAAGAACCACUUCGAGAGAGGCAACAGCUACCCUACAGCCAAUCUCUGAAGAAGACGAAGACACCACCUCUAUCAAAAAGCAAAAAACCAGACUGUAAAGGGUCCUGUGUUCCAGGCAGCGUGUCUGACACAGAAGAACACUGGGAAAGCACAAGUUCUUCACGUGCACUCCAACCAGAACCCAGAAGAGAAGGCAGCAAAGCCAAAGGCAGAGGGCUGAGGAGUUCGCACCACUUUGCCCACCUUGCUCAAGAAGAGCCCCUGAGUUCAAAGAUUCGGCCCGCACCUCCUCAACAGCAAUACCGGUUUUCCUAUCACAUGGAGCCUAUUAAAAUACUGUCUUCCCCUUAAGAGGACAGUUCUGCUCUCCUACCAGGAGGUCUGUGCUUGGGUAGUUUGUUCCAAGGGGCGGGGGGGGGGAUGAGCUGUACCAAACCAUCCCCAUGUGGGGCUUCCCUGGUUCUGUUAGGUUCCAGAGAACUGAAGGGCAGGUCGUAGAUGGGGCUCUGCUCAUCGUUGAGCCAAGUCUCACAGGGUUCUGGGUAGAUAAGAGCAGAGGGUGGGAAGUCACAGGCCACUUUACAAUACUGAUCCAUACCAAUUAUUGAGUUUCUACCAGGCACUGAGGUAGGACUUAGGUACUAGCUAAUUCACAUAGUACACUAUGUGAAUUGUUGUACGUAUUUUAUAUAUGAUACUAUGUUUGAUGUUCCCUAAAGCUCUAUGAGGUAGAGAAUCACUCCCAUUUUAUAGAUGAAUAAACUGAGUCAGGCUCAGAAAG